UGGAGUUUGAACACCAUCGCAGCAGCAUUUCCUCGCGGAGACUGGUGUUUUUAAAGACGUUGGAGUUUAUUUGCAUGGGACAUCGUGACUCGGACCAGCGGAGGUGUGAUUGUUUCAGUGGUAUAUCUGUGUUUGGAGUUGAAACAUGACAGCGAAUGGAAACGCGAUGGCGAUGCUUGGGAUGCAUUUAGCGGAGGAUCAGAUUAAAGUUCUGGAGGAGAAUUUCACCAAAGUCAGCAAACAUCCCGACGAAACAACGCUGAUGCUGAUCGCGGCGGAAUGCGGGCUGAGCGAGGAGGAGACAGCGAAAUGGUUCAGGAUGAGAAACGCUCAGUGGAGGAAAGCUGAAGGACUUCCUGCUGAACUGGGAUCAGUGAAGGACUGAUAGAAGAUCUCCAUUCUUCAUGAUUUUUUUCUGUCUCUCGCUGCUCCACUCAUUGUUCAAUAGACCAGCUCUUUGUCUAUCAUUCCUUCUCUCUACUUUUUGAGGACAUUUUCAAAAGAUUGAAGUUUGACAUUGGUCUUUUAUUUUAUUCUUUGUUUUAUGAAAGUUCUUUUGCCAAAAGCUAAGUGUAUUGAUGCCACAAAUUGAUUUUAUUGCCAGAAUGCCUAUCAUGUACUUAAAUAAACUGAAUGUAAACAUCUGUACAUACAGCAAAGAAUUACAUAGUUUGGAUGUGCAGUUUUAUUUGAUAUGUGGGAUACUUUCAUUUCUAUCUAUCUAUCUGUCUGUCUGUCCUCUUACUGUAUAUCAGUAUUUGUCUCAUGUGUGUCUAUUUUUAUUUCUCUUAAGUCGUCAUUUUUAUUUGUAUUGCGCUUUUCACAAUACACAGUUUCAAAGCAGCUUUACAGAAAAUCAUGCUUUAUCAGAAAAUGAUACUGUAAUAUCUAUAAAGUCUUAGAGUCAUCAUUGUGUAGUUUGAUUAAAUAUGACUGUAAAUUGAUUAUAAAAAUAAAUAAUUAAAUAGUAAUUGUA